UUUUCUCUCUGUAUUAUUUAUUUAUUUCUAUUCUAUUUAUUUCUCAGUUCUACAUGUAAAUACAUAUUAAUACAUGUACUUUUAUUGUCCAUUGUCAGUUUGGAAGAUCUCAGCCGACAGAAUUGCUGUGCAGUAUGAAUUCUCCUUAUGCAGCCUUACAGUACUUCCCAGAACACACCUUUCAGCGAUUGAGAGACCCGUCUUCCUGCCUGUCCUGGAGAGAGGGCUCGUUCCUCGCCUCGAUGUCUCAGUCCCAGUCUUCCCAGACGAGUGACAUCCUCAGCCAGGAUGUCUUCAACCAGCUGUUGGAAAUGCUGGACCAGUCCUCCUUCCACUCCGUCCAGCCCAUCGAGCUCAACUUCUCCGACGGCCCGACGGAUGGCUCCGCGGGCAACACCAUUCAGAUCAGCAUGGACUGCAUCACCAUGCGCGGGCCCGAUGACCCCUUCGCCUCUCAGUACACAAACCUGGGGCUCCUCAACAGCAUGGACCAGCAGAUACAAAAUGGCGGCUCCUCCUCCACGAGCCCCUACAACAACGACCACGCCCAGAACAGCGUGACGGCCCCGUCGCCCUACGCUCAGCCCAGCUCCACCUUCGACGCCCUCUCCCCGUCGCCCGCCAUCCCCUCCAACACCGAUUACGCCGGGACGCACACCUUCGACGUGUCCUUCCAACAGUCCAGCACUGCCAAGUCUGCAACAUGGACGUAUUCCACGGAGUUGAAGAAGUUGUAUUGCCAGAUCGCCAAGACGUGUCCCAUUCAAAUCAAGGUCCUGACCAACCCGCCCCAAGGCGCCGUCAUCCGGGCCAUGCCCGUGUACAAGAAGGCCGAGCACGUGACCGAGGUGGUCAAGCGCUGCCCCAACCACGAGCUGAGUCGAGAGUUCAACGACGGUCAGACGGCUCCGCCCAGCCACCUGAUUCGGGUGGAGGGGAACAGCCACGCCCAGUACAUGGAGGACUCGAUAACGGGCCGCCAGAGCGUGCUGGUGCCAUACGAGCCGCCCCAGGUUGGCACCGAGUUCACCACCAUCCUGUACAACUUCAUGUGCAACUCCAGCUGCGUCGGGGGCAUGAACCGGCGCCCCAUCCUCAUCAUCGUCACGCUGGAGAGCAGAGACGGGCAGGUCCUGGGACGCCGCUGCUUCGAGGCCCGGAUCUGCGCCUGCCCCGGAAGGGACCGGAAGGCGGACGAGGACAGCAUCCGCAAGCAGCACGUGACCGAGGGGACAAAGAGCAGUGAGGGUACGAAGCGCCCUUUCCGCCAGGCGUCGCACGGCAUCCAGAUGUCCUCCAUCAAGAAGAGAAGAUCCACGGACGAGGAAGUGUUUUGUCUGCCUAUUAAAGGCCGUGAAAUCUAUGAGAUUUUGGUGAAAAUUAAAGAGUCACUGGAGCUCAUGCAGUUUCUGCCCCAGCACACUAUCGAGUCAUACAGACAGCAGCAACAGAAUCUGGUCCAGAAACAAUGGGAUGUCUGGGACGAUCAGAGUAACGGCAUGUGUGCUUUUCCGUGCCCCAGGAGUCCCAUGUCCUCUCAGCCGGCCUUCGGCUCCAGCUCCCCCCCCCACAGUAAGGUGAACAAGCUCCCCUCAGUGAGCCAGCUCAUCAACCCCCAGCAGCGAAACUCCCUCACCCCCUCCAGCAUGUCUGGAGGCCUGACUGACAUGACUCCGAUGAUGGGCACCCACAUCCCCAUGGGUGGCGAUAUGAGCACGCUCAGCCCCACCCACGCCCUGCAGACACAGUUACCCAUGGUGCCCUCCUCCCACUGCACGCCCCCGCCACCCUACCCUAUGGACAGCAGUAUCUCCAGUUUCCUGUUGAGGCUGGGCUGCUCAGCCUGCCUGGAUUACUUCACAGCUCAAGGCCUGACCAAUAUCUACCAGAUUGAGAAUUAUAACAUGGAGGACCUGUCCAGGCUGAAGAUUCCCAGCGAGUUCCAGGCCGUCAUCUGGAAGGGGAUCCUGGAGCACCGGCAGACCAUGGAGUUCUCGCCCCCGCCGCACAUCCUGCGGGCCACCAGCGGCUCGUCCACGGUGAGCGUGGGCUCCUCGGAGGCCCGGGGCGAGCGCGUCAUCGACGCCGUGCGCUUCACGCUGCGCCAGACCAUCUCCUUCCCCCCGCGCGACGACUGGAGCGACUUCUCCUUCGACAUGGACUCCCGCCGCAACAAGCAGCAGCGCAUCAAGGAGGAGGGAGAGUGAGGAUGACUCCCCCCGCCCCUUCAUCGCCCCCCCCCCCAACCCCUCCACGAUCGCGCAAGAGACUCAACUUCACAGUGCCUUUGCUCUGUCCCACCGUUCGGUUUUGUUGAUGAAAAAAGAAAAGACAGAAAAGUUGCACUUAUUUCCUUUUAUCGUUUUUGUAUGUUGUACUGGUGUCAUUUUAAGGCCCCUCCAUUUAUAACAAGCAAGGUGAGAGUCACUGGAUGGUGCAUGGUUCUUUCUAAUUUCUUUCAUCUCUGAGACAGAGCACUUAACUUUUUGUUAUUGCUUUGAGCAGAUGCAACGUUUGUCCUCCUGCGCUACCGUUUAGCAAACAGAAAUGCGAACGCGCAGGAGGUUUUGUAUAUUUUUUUUCUUGUUUACCAUGGCUGAAAAUUUCAUAAAGAAAUCCUCUAGCUCAAGGAAGUGGGUUUGGACUGAUUACAAGUGCCUUGCUCUAUGCUGUGGUGGUCUGGUGAAAAAAAAAAGAAAAAAAAAGAAACCUCUUUCAAUACUGUAAGGCAAAAUGUUAACGAGCACUGGCUUUAGCCAGAUAUGAUUGUAUACAUUUGAAGUCGCAUACUGUGCUGUAAUUCCUCCACAUAACUGUGAGAAGAAAGUGUUAUUCUGCUUUUAAACAUGAGGUUUUCAGACUAUUGUAGCCGCCAGGUUUCUUUUUGCAAAAGUGUUGCUUUAAAGUAUCAUUGUGUUAUGGUGUUACUUGUUUUCCUCGAUUACGUACCAUUACGUAUUGAAAAUAAUGGCCAUCGGCACUCACCCUUAAAACGACAGACAGAUAAUGUUAAUCAUAGGGGUUUAAUGCAAAGUUGCUGUGCCCCAAUACUUUUCAUUCUGGGAAGAUAUAGAGGAACAUUUUCAGUGAAAAGCAGAAUUGUGAUGUAUGCAAUGGUGUUAUAAUGAGGUCCUAAACUGUGGACCAAUUACCUGGUCCACACUGGAGUCCAUUAUUCACUGAGCAAACUACUGCCUGCCCUCUCUAUCACCUUUUCACUCCAUUGCAGAUUUUCUAUGGCCUUUAGUAUUUGGGUUGUGUGUGCACAAAGGCAUUUGCCUGUCUACUACAUGACAUUGGAUUAUGAGGCAGGACACACUAGGGAAUAUGUGGGUGGUUGUCUUGUAGGCUAAUUGAUGCUUAAUAUUAUGUGUGAAUUUGAGGAACUCGACACAUUUCCAGUCUCUUAUGGCCAUUCUAGAACAAACAGAGAAAUACCUGAAUACAGUAUACAUUUUUAUAUGAAAAUGACAAGAGUAGACAAGAGCUUUUUUUUCCUCCAAAUUCAGUGAGCUUUAUUUUGAAAGAAGCAGUUUCCUGUUUCUCACGCAUGGGUGUUUGGUGCUAUUGAAAGCCGAGCAGGACCGCAGUUAGACCUGAAGCAUUUUGUUUUGUACAGCUGAACAACUCGUAUUGAAAUCCUAUCGGGUUAUCCUUGCGUGUAAUUCUUUUGCAUUUCAGUCGAAAAUAAAUAUACCCUUAGUGUUAAAUGAUGUUUAUAAAAGAACAUGCAUGGUUUUUAUGUCCUUAAUUACACCAUUGUUACAUAAAGAAAGAAAAGAGAGCUUUAAAUAGCUUGAAAUAUACUAGAGUCACUGCCAUUAACUGCACUGGGGAACAGUGUAGUGCCCAUUAUUGCAAUGUAUAAGAAUGCAAAGUUUCAUGUAAAACUAUAUUGUUUGAUUAUGUCAUUUCAGUAUGUGCUAGAACAUAGAGUCCUUGAUUUCAAAUAAAGGUUCUGGAUUUUUUUAUAUACAUAUGUGAACAGCAUUUAUAACAGUGUCAGCUAGUUUGGUGGAGAGAUUUUUUUUGCUUAAAACUUGCAAAGUGUUAAAUACUUCAAGACUAUUACAAAAUUUCAGCUGACUGCUUCAAAGGAUGUAGUGGUGUCGUAGCCAUAUCUUGAAUAGAAAGUUUGAACCACAAUGGUCUGACAUUUUGCAUUCAAGAUUGACUUUGUUUUUGUAUUGGCUUUUUUUGUAUUAUGUAAUGGGGGAAAACUUAUUUGUCAUAUUGUACAAUGUCUUGUAAAUAUUUCACAAGUUACAGAUUUAUAAACGUUCUUCCUUAUUUUGAUAUAAACAAAAAAUAAAAGUUAAUUGGUUAAAGAAA